AUGGAACCUCGACUGGGUUUGACAAAAGAUGAAGAUGGAGUACCAGUCAAUGCUACCGAGUAUCGAUGCCUCAUUGGAAGUCUUCGCUAUCUCAUCCACUCAAGACCUGAUUUGAGCUACUCAGUUGGAGUAGUGAGUAGAUACAUGGAAUCACCAAAGCAGAGCCAUCUCAAAGUAGUCAAGCACAUUUUGAGAUACAUAAAGGGGACAACCAACUUUGGUCUAAUGUACAAGAAAGGUGGUGAUAAACGGCUUAUUGGAUUCAGUGAUAGUAGCCAUGGAAUGGAUAUCGAUGGUAGAAAGGGUACAACAGGAAUGAUUUUCUAUCUAUCAGGUAAUCCAAUCACAUGGUCGUCCCAGAAACAACAAAAUGUGGCCCUAUCUUCUUGUGAAGCAGAGUUUAUGGCAGCAACUGCAACAGCAUGCCAAGCACCUUGGCUAAGGAGUCUCCUCAAAGAAUUGACCGGUUGGAAGGAAGAAUGUGUCAGGAUGUAUGUAGACAACAAGUCAGCCAUAACUCUUAUGUAG